UUCAUUCCCAUCCUCCUCCCACAAUAAACCCUCCCCUCCCAUCAUAUAGAUCUCAGAUAUAUAUAUAUAUAUAUAUAUUGAAGCACCCAAAAACAAAAAUAUAAAGAUACAGAGCCAAACGCCAUGGGAGCACUCAACCGUCUCUGGUUUCAUUUCUUCAUCGUUUUCGCAGCCACCACCAUCGCCCGAUCCGAUGAUUGUGUGUAUACGGUGUACGUAAGAACGGGUUCAAUCGUAAAAGGAGGGACGGACUCGAUCAUCAGCCUGACCCUGUACGAUGCAAAGGGGUGGGGUAUUCGGAUUUCAGAUCUAGAGUCUUGGGGCGGGCUGAUGGGCCCGGGCUACAACUACUUCGAGAGAGGAAAUCUGGACAUAUUCAGCGGGAGAGGCCCGUGUUUGACUGGGCCGGUGUGCGCCAUGAACCUGACUUCGGACGGGUCCGGCCCACACCACGGGUGGUACUGUAACUAUGUGGAGCUGACCACAACUGGGGUCCACACCGCCUGCGCUCAGCAGCUCUUCACGGUUGAGCAAUGGCUCGCCACCGACACUUCCCCCUAUCAGCUCACCGCCAUCAUGGAUAACUGCGAUGCUGAUAAGAACGCUCCUAGGGAUGCUGAUCGCCUUCACGUCAUCGACGCUCAUCGUCAUCGCGGGCCUCUGUCUAUUGUGUGACAACUGUUUAAUUUAAUUACUAGUUAUUAUAUGUGAUGUGCUAUUUAAUAGACUUGAAAGUAGUGUUUGGGUUUGGGUUUGGGUUUGGUUGUCUGAUCUGUGUUAGUGUUGCCACUCAUUUUCAUUUUCUUAAUAAUAAUGUGUAUUAAUAAUUUAAUGAGCUAUUCUACCACAUAUCUAUCACUUACAUUCCGUAAUUAAACUCUGUUUGUGCUUCUCCAGGGCUAUUGAUAAUAAAAGCUUUGUUAUUG